AUGAGCCACGAGAUGAAACCAGGGUUUCUGUCUCUUCCUAGAGAACUACAGCUCAACAUUUUGAGCUUUCUUUCUUGCCGAGAUAUCCUUUGUUGUACAUCCGUAUGUAAGGUCCUUUGCCAAAUGUACAUGUCCUCUUCCGAGCUUCAGUACAUCGUCGAACUCAGUGGCCAAUGGUUGCUCCAUGUUCCCAAUUCGGACAAUGAGAGCAUCCCUGUUUCCAAGCACCUACAACUCUUGAGGGACAAAGCUCAUGCAUGGUUCAAAGUCGACCCUAACUCUUUCAAAACAGUCUCUCUACCAAAGAACAUGUACUCUGACGAAAAGUUCGUCGCAGAUGGGCAUAUCUACUUGUGGGAUAAAGAAGAGGACAUGGCCGCAAUCGUUCCGAUACUUCCAAAGCCCUCACAAAAAACAGUCAAGCGCAACUGGUCUCCAGGAACAUUAUUUUCAGUUCCUGACUCACGCAACCUCGAUAUAUUUGUGGAUCCAGCACAAAACCUGAUCGCCAUCGCGUAUUCUGACAAUAUAUUCGACUUGAACUACGAGACACUCUGCAUCAGCCUUAGAGUCCUGGAUAGGGAUGGUGUUCACCCCCAAGCUGCUGGAUGGACAUUGUUUUCGUCGAUACUGCUUGCAUCCAAGGACGAACACUUUGUUGCAGAAAGUGCCAAGCUCAAGGGAUUUGGGAGGCAUAUUGCUCUGCGGCGCUCAUUUGUGUAUCCAUUCGAGGAGAUGUGGCAGCUGCAUAUUUGGGACUGGCAACACUCAACGACAUCUAAUAGCAUCCUCAGUGACACGAAUUACUUACCAAACUCGAUUGAUUUUUGCUUUCUCGGAAACAAUAGGUUGCUCGUUGUCACCGACGAGUUGAAGCUCUAUUCAAUCAAGGAUAUGUCCCAGACGCCACAAUUGCUGGCGUGCUUCAUAAUGCCCGGCCUAUAUCUGAAUAUCCAGUGCUUCCUUCUGAUGGACCAUAUUGAUAGCUCCCCACAGCUACAAGCCCAACAAGCAAUGUACACUUCAGAUCCCAUAAACCAGCUGCUAUGCAUUACUACGGCAGCAAAUAGGACCUUCGUCAUUUCCACAAGGAUGUUCUUCAACCUUGAAGGAAUAGCAGCAGCAAUGCCAGUACCGUGGGAACGCUGGGGUCCUUCAAAUACUCGUGUUUUCGGGCUCUCAGGUGAAUCCAAAGUUCACAUUAGCGGGAAUCGAGUCUUGCAGGCAUUGUCAGUCGGCACGUCAGCCUCAGGUGAUGUGGAGUAUACAUUACUACACAUUUUGGACUUCAGCCCGCUAGCUGUGACGAACAGGCGGGGUCUGGGACGAGUGGUGAAAGAACCGUCUACAGUAUCAGUAGUCGACGAAUGCAUUGGCUGGCCUCCUUGGAGCUUGACAACGUCCCUGCCUUAUGUUGAGGUCAUCUUGGACAGAAAGUUUGGUUCUGCUGAAUCAGAGUUAGCAGACGUGUGGGUCAAUAAGGAUAGAAUUUAUUUGCUUAGCACAAAGUUUGAUCACAAAGUGGUAGGUUCAGCAUAUUACGCAAUAGAAUAUGACGAGCUAGAAGUCAUUGAUGUUUAGAGUAGAUUUACCUAUGUAGUUGUUCCGCCAUACGACAUA